CUUUUUGAAGUAGAACUUCUUGUAAGCACAAGGAGACGGCGGUUGCAUCCGAGAAAACGGAAAAAGCUUUGCGUUCGUAGGCCGAACAAGGUGGCACAGCACUGCACUCAACAAUUGCUUCAUUUUUUGAGCAAAGCCAAAAUACUUCUCCAUAAUCUCAACUUUCAAAGAGUUUCAUUUACAAUAAAUGGAGGAACGAAUGAAGUUGGUGGCGCUAAUUGGUGCAGGUGCAUUCAUAGGUUCUCUAUCUACUUACACUCUUCUCAAGCUUCUCAACAGAAGUGCAGAAGAAAGAGGCUGCAAUCUACAGACGAUAAAAUUUGAUGACAAACAAUCGAUCCUUGAGGCAGACCAGAACAGAUGUUUUAUGCAUAGGAUGGAAAAGGAAGGAGCUCCAGAUCUUUUACAAGAUGAGAUAGUCUCUGAGCAACUGACCAGGAACAUUCAAUUCUUUGGUCUAGAUAGCCAGCGGAAAGUAACAGAAUCAUUCGUAGUGGUGAUUGGCCUCGGAGGCGUUGGGAGUCAUGCUGCAUCUAUGCUUUUGAGAUCUGGAGUUGGGAGGUUACUGCUUGUGGAUUUUGACCAGGUUUCACUUUCGUCACUCAACAGACACGCCGUUGCUACGCGAGAAGAUGUUGGUAUGCCAAAAGCUCUAUGCCUUAAGAAGCACUUCUCAAACAUUUUUCCGGAGUGCCAAGUUGAUGCACAAGUGGUUUUGUAUGACGCGUCCUCAGAGGAAGAGAUUUUGUCAGGCAACCCGGAUUUUGUUUUGGAUUGCAUUGACAACAUAGAUACAAAGGUUGCAUUGCUUGCUGCUUGCGUGCGUAGAGGAUUGAAGGUUCUAUCUGCAACAGGAGCAGGCGCUAGAGCUGAUCCAACUCGAAUUCGUGUGGCUGAUUUGAGAGAAUCGACAAAUGACCCCCUUUCUCGAUCUGUUCGACAGAGGCUGAAGAGAGACCAUGGCAUUGAAGGUGGAAUCCCUGUGGUUUUCUCCCUGGAAAAACCCAAAGUGAAACUGCUUCCAUUCAAGGGUCUUACUGGAGAAGAGGAAAAUCCUUCUGAGUACCAAGUUGUACCAGGGUUUAGGGUCCGAAUUAUUCCUGUUCUAGGCUCUGUGCCUGCAAUUUUUGGCCAGAUUAUGGCCUCGUAUGUUAUCACAAAGCUAGCAGGACUGCAAAUUGAAAAUGAGCCAAUAGUUAAUUUUGAUGUGGAGCACUAUCAAGUCCUUCAUCAACGGUUGAUUGAGCACGAAGAACUAGUUUAUGGUACUGCUAGUGAAGUACAGGUAGAUGUUGAAGAAGUGAGGUAUGUUGUAAAAGAGUUGUGGCAUGGACGAAGUGCUAAGGAUGGGUCUUUCAAAGGCGUGGGACGUGCAAUGUGGCGAUCGGUUAAUGAAUUGAUGCUUGUUAGGUGGGAUCAAACAAAGCCUGCAUCAGUUUCGAACUUGAUUCUUUUGAAGUUCGAUGAGGUGGAUGAACACGAAUCAAUGACACUUGAUGACAUUAAAGAAAACGAACCAGAAUUUUACCAACGUGUAUCGACUGUUCUAAAGCGAGCUAGUUUGGACUUCAACCUAUAACCGCGUUUCAUGUCCUCCAUCUUUCAAUUCAGGUCAUUCAUUUCCUGUUGUAUGAAGGAGGGUCAGUCAGUGCAUAUGUUCAAUCGAGGCAAUUCGACAAAUCUUGCGAAGAUAAAUAUCCAAAUGAAAUUAUGAAAUAUGGGACACUCUUUUAUCAGCUGUUGCAAGUUGAUACACAGUCCUAAAGUCUAAUGGAAACCUGAAGGUAGACAAGGGGUUCACUCCUCAACUGAGGCGCAUAAAAAGAUGAUUGAUGCUCUUGUGAUGCUAAGGUGCUUGAUACUCUGGUAGCCCAAAUCUCAUAGAAAUAAUGACAGGGAGCUGUAUACACAAAAUUCACAUUGUUUUGUUGCCUUCUUACCUUAUCUUCAUUUGUCUUUAGAUGUUUUUUUUAUUCAGCUGAUUAUGAUUGUCACAAAAUUCUUUUUAAUUACAUGGGCUGCAUAUUUCAUAUCAUAAUUAUAUCCCGUUGAGAACCAAACAGAACUAAGAAACAAUAUGGGCCCUUAGAUCAUCGAAAUCGAAUGGUCCAAGUGAUUCCAGUGUCAUGAAUGGCAUUUUCGUAAUUAUGAAACUUUUAAAAUUGGUUCCCGUAUU